AGCGGGGCUUCGGAUAGCUGAGCUCCGGAGAGCGGGGAACCUGCUGUGUGACGGAGGUGUCACCAGAACGUACGUCCACGAGGGAGACAAAGUCACCCUUCACUGUUCAUUUGGAGGAAGCCUUCAGAACACGGUGAUAGACUGGAAGAACCAAGAUAGUAAAGAAGUGUUCCUCUACGACCGAGGCUGGCACUUCGAGAACGGGCGGUGCUGUCAGGACGAGCAGUACAGAGAAAGAGCGUCACUUUUCUACGGCGAGCUGAAGAACGGAAACGCAUCCAUGAUCCUCAGAGACACGAGGAUUGAAGACACGGGGAAUUACACCUGUGUCCUUCCACAUGUGAGUUCCAGAGGACAAAGGUCCACAACUGAGCUCAUUGUCGAACUGGUCUACAAAAACAGAUUUGGACUUAAAAAAGGAGCCGUUCAUGCACCAUACCUCAAGAUUGUUGGUGUGUCAGAGGCUGGCGUGAAGCUCCAGUGUGUGGUCAGAGGUUCUUCGUCAAAGCCGAGUGUAGAGUGGCAGACGUGUGAAGGAACCUCUCUUAAUUCAGAGGAGCCGCUGGUCUCUGAGACACGAGGCCGUUACGACACCACGCUCCUCGUCACUGUGAACGAGACCAAGACCAACUGCUUCCGCUGCGUGGUCAAACAGGAGGACAUUUACCACAGGAUUGAUGAUGACAUCGUCGUGCCAGAGAAACUCUUUGAGAAAAAUUCUUCCCACAAAACUCGUGAUCUCGUUGCUCGUGGCAACGAUAGCGGUCAUGGCUGUGAUACAGGUGCACUCGUGGGUAUGUGGGUUUUUGGAGCCGCCGUCGUCGUUGCUUUACUCGGGGCUCUGACUCUGUGUUGGCUCAGAAGGCGCAACACAAGACGCAGGAGAAGAGGAGCAGCGCAGGCCAACGCCUCAGGUGGUUGUGACGGUGAUGCGGUGGUGCAGGAGCCGGGCAGGAUGUCCCGUCACGGUUCAGCUAAAUCAGGAACAAGUACAAACUCCAGAUCCAGUUACUGUAAUGUAUCCAGUAACCUCAGCUCUCCUCCUCCCUCCCCUGCACCUCGAUCCACCUCAGCGUUCCCACCCCCUACCAGUCCACUGGUCCUAUCUAGUUAAGUUCCUUCCAAGACUAAUUCUGUGAAGCUUGUUCCUCAUUUGUAAAUCGCUUUGGAUAAAAGCGUCUGUUAAAUGCUUAAAUGUAAAUGUUUCUCGUUACAAACAUUUAUGUUCACAAUACCAAACACAUUUGUGAUUGGAGAUGAAUUUAGAAGUAACCAAAAAAAAACGGGCUUUAAAAUAAUUUUUAUUUAACAGGAAAUCAAAGUGUGAGCUGUGUGCGGUCCACAGGCCGUGGGUUUGAGACAUUACCAAAAAAAGCUUUUAUAACAUAUCUCACGCCAUAGGAUCAGUAGGAAUAUUUUUUUAAGGAGUACAGAUUAUUGGAAAGAGAUUUUCAAAUGUUUUUAUUCUAAAAGAUCAUGAGUUUGAGCCGACAACAAUCAGCAGCAUUAAAACAUUUUUUAAAUGUGGUUUGUAGUUCUGUUUUUCAUCGUUCUGAAUAGAUGUUUUUUACGUUGAUUUGUUUCGUCUGCACAGAUGUUUGUUUUACGUUGAUUUGUUUCAUCUGCACAGAUGUUUUUACGUUGAU